AUGCUUAUAGUACUUAUUUACCUGGAUGACCUUGACGGCUUCGAACUAGUUCCCCCUUACUUUUAUCUCUCGGAAUUGGAAUUCCAGAGCCUGGCAGGACCAACUCGACGCAGAAUACUUGGUCUUGAUAAGCGGCUGAGGUCGAAGCAUGAAGAUCGAGAUGAGAGCACGGACUGGUCUCUCCAUACGAAGGGUCGGCUAUCCAACUGCAGCCUCUGUGAUAGUAGUUUAAUUGAGCAAAGCAAUGGCGUCUAUAUUAUCCGCUUAACAAGUGACGAGCCGAGUCUUAUGAAGCGGACACUCACUUCUGGAACGCAAUUUGACUACAUUCUGGCAGGAGUUACUUCCUUUGAAUUGGCAUAUGCUCUUCGUCUUGACCUGAGAAAAGGCGGGAACGGUGAAGGCCAGCAAGCCCUAAGCUGUCUGCUGUUUCCUCAACUGUCUUGGGAGGCUGACGAGAAGCUCGAUCGCUUAGCAACCGAAAAUGGCCUCGGAAUUCGCGUGUGGGGAACUGUGAAUUUGACAGCGAUUACGAGAUCCUACGUGAUUUCCUGUUGGUCAUGCUCUGGAAUUUCUGAAAGUCUUCCGGAGUCAUGGUCUGUACCAAAUAGACAGUCUGAUGCUGGGAAAUAUGAUAACUACUACGGCAGAGGACUUAAAGCAAGGUGCGCUCUAUUAAGUCGCCCUGACAACAAGACCAAGUUGCGAAAACGAGAUCAACCCACUUCUGUAGGCAGCGAAGUCCGUAGCAUAGGAAUAUUGUAG